AAAGUCUCAUCUAAAAAUAAUACUUGUUUCACUUAACAAGAUCCUUCUUGGAGAAGUAAACCUUUAGAAAGUUUAGAAAGUUAAACCUUGAGUGUUCUAUGCAAACAAAAACAUUCUAACGGUAUAGCAAAACAAGAACUAAAAGAAGAAACAUUUAGAGGACGUGUGUUGCAGCGUACUACACAAUGGAGUCAGCGCCUACAUUACCCAACGAGGAAGAAAAACCAAAGAACCCUAACAGACGCAUAGGAGUUUGUGAAUCUUUAAUUUUGGCAGCAAAAAAACAAACUGAAGAAAUUGAGAAAGAAAAGACAGCACAUCAAGAAUUUUUAAAUUCGCAACCACUGCGAAAAUUGAAAUGCAAAAAAGACUACGAUGAAUUUCAAGACACCGUGGCUCUUCAAAUGAUCUUUCACGAAUUCAGUGCAGCAGACCUCUUGAACCCUAGCACGGGCAUCGGUGUAGAAGCUUUGUACAAGCUAAUGGACGACCUCAUGGAAGAUGUUGAAAAGGACACUGUGAGGGCAUGGAUCAACGAAUAUGACAAGGAUUCCAAUGGCUUAAUAGAUAUAACUGAGUUUGUCCAGGUUAUGUUGGACAAAAUCAUGCAAGUAACGGACACACAGGAGGAAGUACUAGCAGCUUUUAAGGAAUUCGACAAAGAUAACACUGGUUUUAUCAACUUAACCGAGCUUCUUCGCAUCAUGUCAUUAUUAGGUGAUCCUCUCUCAGACGAAGAGAUGAAUUUGUUUAUGCUAAAGUCCGACAUAGAUGGUGACGGUAUGGUGAAUUACGAAGAAUUUGUACGGCUCAUGUUCGGGAAAAACGAAAAAGCAAAAAACCCUCACCAAGGAGAUAAGAAAAAAAAGAAUGUUAAAGGAACCUGACGUCGACGAAAAUGAUUUGCACGUUAUAUUUAUUUAUAUUGUUAUUUUUCUUGUAUAGCAAAAAAAUUCGCCUUUGAAGGUAAAGAAAAUAUGAGUAAGAAAGCUGCAUAAAAUAUGAAUGAAAUUUUUGACAGAUACUUCCCAGCUUUCAAAGACUGACAAUCCUGCUCCUAAAAAACCCUCUAAAUUCGGUCACAGCAAAUGCGGAGCAAUCUAUGAAACAAGAUUUCAAUGUGACAAUAAUAUCGAUGACUUCAAUAUAAUUAAUAAGAAGAUUUGUC